CCCAACCCGAACCGACAUUAUUCAACAGAAAUCAUGGCGGAUAGCCCACAGGCCUCUCCGGCCCCUGAUGCGCACACGCCUCCCCGGCGCAAACGCCGACGACAAACAAAGUCGUGUCAGCAGUGUCGCCAGCGCAAGAUCCGCUGCGACCAGGGCCUGCCCUGCCGCCCCUGUGUUCGUGCCAGGGCCCAGCUUCAGUGCUCCUAUCGCUCUUCCAUCCCUGGUAGUGGGGUCAACACUGCACCCGCCUCCGAGCCCAGGACAGGCCGACCUCUGACUGUUGCCUCGCCCACACCGUCUCUAGACCGAACAUCCAAUCCGUUGCCCAAUCCGCGCUUAUUGCCGCCAAUUGCGGAUCAACCUCCCCAGCACAGGGCGGAAGCUACCGUGAGGACUCAGGGGCGCGACCAUCUUUCCAUCCCUGGUUCUGCCGAUCACGAGGAGAUAAUUCGGGAGCUUCGACAACGCGUGCACCGGCUCGAGACCCAGCUGGCAGAGAAACCCGACCAGGCGACAGGCCAUACGAACACCUCGUCGGGUUCAUUCAUCCCAGCCACGUUUCCGCGUCUUCGUAAUGCAGCAGACAAGACGAAACUCUUUGGAAAAAGCCACUGGCUCCAUACUGCGGAGAAGUUUCAAACCCUCGGCAAAUUUGAUGCCGUAGAGCUGGAGCCGUCCUUCAAUCAUGCCUUCGAUGAUGUCCAGGCCGAGCUGAACAGCAUUGUGAAGGACACCCGGAGCCUCCGCAGAGCCGUCAAAGCCCAUGACUCGGCCCAGCUGAACAAUCCCGUCCCGGAUUUGCUGAAUACCCUGCCGGCCAAGGCAACCUGCGAUAAACUUGUCCGCUGCUACUUGCAGACGUUCGAGCCCGUCUACCGGGUGGUUCACGUCCCCACUUUCUGGAAAGAGUACAACCAAUUCUGGGAGCAAACUCAGAUCAUGUCAACGUCAUCUCCAUUUGUCAUGAAGCUUGUCCUCGUCCUCGCCAUUGGAACAGUCUUCCUCCCAGAUACGGCCGAUAUAGACCGCGCCACGCUCCAUCGUCUGGCCCAAACAUGGAUCUAUGCUGCUCAGUGGUGGCUGACUGGACCCUCCGAGAAGUCGAUCAUUACCCUAGAUGGACUUCAAGUAUUCUGUUUGCUUAUCAUCGCAAGGCAAGCGACCCAUAACUCACCAGGCGGGUCCGUCUGGCUGUCGACGGGAUCUUUGAUGACCAUGGCCAUGGCCAUGGGACUCCAUCGGAAUCCAAACAUGUUCCUCCCAACGCUAUCGCCAUUCCAGGUGCAGAUGCGAGUGCGUCUGUGGACGACAGUUCUCGAGUUGGCCCUUCAGUCUUGCCUCAACUCUGGCUUGCCGCUCGGCAUCUCAAUUCAUGACUACGACACAGUUGCGCCUUCGAAUUUUGAUGAUCAGGACCUUGACCCCUCAGGCUCUGCCGAGCCGGCGCCGGAUGAUCAGGUCACCGAUUCUUCAGUCCAAAUCUUGCUUGCCAAGUCUUUGCCUUUGCGCCUCAAGGUUGCACAGCUGCUCAAUGACUUUCGAGGGGAGCCGUCCUACGAGACGGCGCUGAAGCUGGGUACGGACUUGAGGGCAGCUUGCCGAGAUGUCGCCAUCUUCUUUCAUUCCGCCAUCCCACAGCCUUUGUCUGACGCUUCCGUUCUAUCGCGGACGGAUUUCCAUCGAAGGUUCCUCGGGGUAUACUUACGGAAGUAUAUCCUUCUCCUGCACCGCCCCUUCAUGCUCCAAGCCAGGAAGGAUCCUCGGUACUACAUGUCUCGCAAGAUUUGUGUCGAGUCUGCCAUGGCCAUUGGAUCUUACUCGAGAGAAGCCAACUCAGGCCUUGCUGCCGGGGUGCUAGAUGACCUCUCACGAUUAUCUAUGGUCGCGGCGGGAUGCUUCAAGGGAGCACUCACCAUGGAUAUCAUCAUGGUCCUCUCACUGGAGGUGAUCACCCAGUUGGAGGAGGAAUCACCUCGAGACUCGGCACCCGACCCCCUGGACGAUAUCCUCAAGGCAAACCGCGCACCCUUGAUUCAGACCCUUGAGCAUAUCGCCGAACAGCUUCUACAGGGUAUCGCGCUCGGCAGCGCCAGCAUGAAACGGUAUAUCUUUGUGUCGGGGUACCUCAGCCAGAUCCGCGCAAUGGAGUCCGGCCGAUGCGUCAAGCAAGCGAUAUACACAUCUCUGAUCGAAAGCAUGAAGAAAUGCCACUCUCUUUUGCAGGAGUACCGGCCUGUGAUGUCCCCGCAAGUAUCAGCGACCCAGCAAUGGCGUCUCUCUUCCCAUUCAAGCUCGGGUCUUCGGAGGCUGAUUCGUCCUGGGAUAUUUCAAACUUUCUGUACUUGCCCGUUUUGGGUGACGAUGGGCAGAACACCUGGCCCACGUAACGACAAUUUCGUGGAAUUCACAAUGUGCAGUUUGGUCUCAGUCGCCUUGGCAAUAUUUCUUGCCUCGACGAGGCUCAUUGACACACACACCCAACACCGUUUAAGAUCUCUACCCGGUUGCUUGGACGGAUUUCCGGUUCUCAUCAAAGCGAACGUCGAAAAUAUCCGACACAUUACAUGCAGCUCCCUACCACCGCUUUCGGCCAGCAAAAUAGUACGUAACAAAGGCUAGGACGAGCACU